CCUCACCUGUGGGCGCGUGCGCGUUCUACACUCAAUCAGCAUGUUGCAGCGCAGUGUCACAGGUGCUGCACUUAGCGUUCCUCUCGAGUAAUACAACAUGUAAACACGUCUGCUAUAAACAUGGAGGUACUAGACGUUACGAGGGGGAACUUCAACACUUUUCUAACCAACCUUGCUAACUUUUGCAUUAAUUCAGUGUCUACCUGUUUGUCCCUUGACGCUGAUAAACGAUGCAUCGCUAUCGGUCUCAGCUGUCUGUCCGCGCUACUCUUACUGCUGUCGUGUUUUCUGCUCGUGUACCAGAGGUACAUGUAUCGAAGAGAAAAUCCUGGAGGGACGUUAACAUCCUUCUACAGCUUCCUCGGUAACAUGUGCAGCACAGUUGGAGCCAUUCUGUCCAGUCAGCUUUAUAUACUGAUGUUAAUGGGUGCUUUUGCUGCUGCUGUAGAUGUUAUCCAUGUCAUUUCAUGCUGCUUUCAUUUAUUUCUGUGCUGGAACUCCCAGGCAGAAAAGAGGCAGAGGAUGAUCAAGAACAGGAGGAGGCAGCACCUCCUUGCCAUGUGUGUGCUGUUGGUGGUUGGAGGAUUUUUGAAGCCCCUUGUCGACUACCAUCCAGCACAGACUCCUCUGGGUGGGAGGAAACUGCUGCAUGUCACCCUCCAAGACAACACUGAAAUCCUCGGCUACAUACUUGGUGUGCUCUCUUUUGUCAUCUCCUGUACCUCUAGGCUUCCUGCAAUCAACAGAUCACUCCAAGGACAGAUGUUGACCUGGGUCCAUAUGUCCUCUGGGCUGCUCUCCUCAUCAGCCAGUGCUCUCUAUGCCAGCGCAAUACUCCUUUAUGACUCUCAGUUUACUUUUGUUUUAAGAGUCCUGCCAUGGCUGCUCUCAGCAAUUUGCUGUGUCCACCUGGACCUUCUUAUUAUAGUAAUCUGCUGGUGCAAGAGAGGCAGACAGCAGCUGACCACCUUGUCUCCAGAUACAGAGAGCCUUUUAGGCUGCCCUGGCCUCUUCCCUGAGGAUAACACUGACAUGAAGAAACACAGAAAACAGCGAGUUAAUUCAUCUGCACAAACAAAAAACAGAAGUGUCCAGAAGACAGCUGACAUGGGCUGUUACAUGGAUGUCAGUGUUCAAUCUGCAAGAAAAAAAUGCCUUCCAUUGGAGACACUGUCCAAAGAGGAGAUGGAGGACCAGCCUCUCCACGGCACAGUGCGAGUGAUCAGAUUCAACAGUUUCUGUUCCUCAGACACAUCGUAUGACUCUUUACUGGAGAGCUCAGAUCUAGAGUGGGAUUUUGAGGAGGCAAAUGCUCGAUGGAAUGAACCAACAGCAAAACAACAGGAGAAGGUGAAGUUCGCACUCCAAGAAUGGCUAAAACACCCCAAACCCUGUAAACCCUGCACUUAUUCCAUGUUCAGACCCUCACAGAAAACUCUGCCUGGUGAAAAUAACGAUGAGUAAUGUAAGCCACAUUUGGUGUUGUUGUUUGAAGCCAAAUAAAAAAUGUAAACAAUGA